UGCUGAUAUCGUUUUCUUUUUUAACUACUUGUUUAGGCGAACUGAACACUACGAACUUACGAUUGGAAAGAACUAAACUUACAACCUCGAUAUGUGUUAAGUUGGAGAAAAUAACCUAUAAAGAAUAUUAAAAUAAAUCAUUAAUUAAAGGUUUUCUUCGUCUAUAGAAUACUGUAUCUUGUUGUCAUGAUGCGAAUGUCUAAUUCUGCUUUACGAAUUUAUCCCAAGUUAACCCGCCUAUUUGCUACUCAGACGAGCAUACCAAAAAGUGAUUAUGAUAUUACUAUUGUCGGAACGGGUCCUGUUGGAUUGGCCUUAGCUGCGGGAUUACAAACGAAUCCUUAUACACGGUCGCUGAAGGUUGCUAUUUUAGAUAACAAAAACACUUUGAUGAUUCAGGAUUGGAAUCCUACUUCAUACUCGAAUCGCUGUGUCUCUGUAAUGGCUCGUAGUCGAAGCUUUUUUGAAAGAAUUGGAGCUUGGGAACAUAUGCGUCAAGAGAGAUUACAACCCUUUCAACAUAUUUACGCUUAUGAUGGGAUAACUAAUUCAACAGUUCACUUUGAUCAACCAAAGAAUACUGAUCCCAUGGCUUUUAUGGCGGAAAAUGUGAAUUUACAGUAUGGUUUACUACGGUCCAUUUUAAAGAGAAAGGAUAUACGACAAGACAAUUUUGAUUUCUUAGUUCCUUGUAACAUAGAAAAGAUAACAAGAGAUGAAAAUACGAAUGCUCCUUCUAUACACACAUCAACUCAUGGAGUACUACGCACGCGAUUGUUGGUUGGUGCCGACGGCAGAAACUCUAUAGUACGUCAAUUUGCCAAAAUAGCAAUGCCUGGAUGGGCAUAUCCUGCUCAUGGUGUGGUUGGAACUCUUCGAGUCGCUCAAAAUAAUUUACCUUCAGUUGCUUUUCAGCGCUUUCUGCCUACCGGUCCUUUAGCAUACCUCCCUCUUCCAGGAAACAAUGCUACUUUUGUUUGGUCAAUUUAUCCAGAACUAGCAAAGAAAUUACUCGCUUUGCCAGAUCCUACAUUUGUUAAGUUUUUGAAUGCUGCGUUUCUCUUAGAUCAGGUUGACUUGGAUUAUCUCUUUAAAAUGGACAUCGUUGAGCCAAAUAACCUAGAUAAGCAACUGGAUUGGAGAAUUGAAACUAAGAGACGAUCUUUGUCUUUUGACACGCCACCUCAAAUUUCAGAAAUCGUUCCUAACUCACGCGCAUCAUUCCCCCUUCGUAUGGCACACGUUGACGAGUACGUGAAGGAAAGUGUUGCCCUUUGUGGAGAUGCUGCUCACAAUACCCAUCCUCUUGCUGGACAAGGAAUGAACACUGGAAUACAGGAUGCUGAAGCUUUGACAAACGCUCUUUCUUCCGCUAUCCAGCAUGGUCAAGACCCCGGUAGUAUAUUCUCUCUUCAGCCUUACUAUAGAAGCCGGUACUUUAAAAAUCAUGUUUACCUCGGCGUAGCUGAUAAAUUUCAUAAGUUAUACGCGUUGGAUAAUUCUGUUGUCAGUUCCGUACGCUCUCUUGGCAUGUCUCUCUUUGAUCGUAGUUCAAAGGUAAAACAGGCUAUUCUUUCAAUGGUCGCCAAAGGAAUAUAAAGGUUUUUCUGCCAAGCGAUUUACACCUGAUUAUAUUUAUAAAACUAGUAAUGAUUGCAUGCUUUUAUUUGUCUCAGAUCAUUAUGAAUGUGCAAGAUACGCCGAGAUUUUUUUUCAGUUGCUAACUUUAUCUGAAUGCUAAUUAUUGAUACUUCAGUUGAUAAAAUAAAACGAUUUAUUUCAUAAAUUGACAUGGCU